UUCCCAGAAUUCCCGACAGCCCCUGAAGGCAGCAGCAGGCUGACUGGCUCUGUGAAGAUGGCGGACUGUAUACGUGUUCCUCUGCUCCUGCUUCUGAUGUGCAUCUUGUCGGCCGUGCAUCAUACCCGAGGAGACAACAGUGUUGUCUCCAGACUUACUGGUAAUGCUGAUAACCUGCAGCAGAAUCCCGCCGGUGGUCCGGUGCCGGCUGCGGUCAUCCCGGUAGCCGCUGAGAGGAGCCUGGUUGCUGGGGCCUCGCUGCCUCGGAGGCGCUCUGCCGGCUGGAAGUUGGCAGAGGAGGCGGUGUGCAAGGAAGACCUGACCCGGCUUUGCCCUAAACAUUCUUGGAACAACAACCUGGCGGUGCUGGAGUGUCUCCAGGACAAGAAAGAGGAGACUGAGAUUGCUGCCGAAUGCAACCAUCUGCUGUGGAACUACAAGCUGAACCUGACCACCGACCCAAAGUUUGAGUCUGUAGCUGUGGAGGUCUGCAAGACGAUCAUCUCUGAGAUUAAAGAAUGCGCGGCGGAGGAGCUGGGUAAAGGCUUCCUGGUGUCCUGCCUGGUGGAUCACCGCAGCAACAUCAGUGACUACCAGUGCAACCAGUACAUCACCAAAAUGACCAGCAUCGUCUUCAGCGACUAUCGGCUCAUCUGCGGCUUCAUGGACCAGUGCCGCGAGGACAUCAACACUCUGCGCUGCGGCAGCAUCAGCACAGGAGAGAAGGACGUCCACUCUCAGGGUGAGGUGAUCGCCUGUCUGGAGAAAGGUUUGGUACGGGAGGCCGAAGAGCAGGCUGGGGCGCACACCAUCAAGGAAGACUGUAAGAAGGCCAUCAUGAGAGUGGCUGAACUGUCUUCAGAUGACUUCCACCUUGACCGCUACCUCUACUUCGCCUGCCGCGAGGACCGGGAGCGCUUCUGUGAAAAUACACUGGCAGGAGAGGGACGAGUUUACAAAUGCCUCUUCAAUCACAAGUUUGAGGAGGCAAUGACUGAGAGGUGCCGCGAGGCGUUGACCACCAGGCAGAAGCUGAUUGCUCAGGACUAUAAGGUGAGCUACUCGCUGGCCAAAGCCUGCAAGUCAGACCUGAGGAAGUACCGCUGCAGCGUGGACACCAACAUGCCCCGGGCUCGAGAAGCUCGUCUGUCCUACCUACUUCUUUGUCUGGAGUCCGCUGUGCAUCGAGGUCGUGUGGUCAGUGGCGAGUGUCAGGGAGAGAUGAUGGACUACAGGCGGAUGCUGAUGGAGGAUUUUUCUCUGAGCCCGGAGAUAGUGCUGCAGUGUCGCAGCGAGAUCGAGGGUCACUGCUCCGGUCUACACCGAAAAGGACGAACACUGCACUGCCUGAUGAGGGUCGGCCGAGGAGACAUGGGAGCCAUCGACCCCAACUGUCAGAGGGCGCUCCAGACUCUGAUUCAGGAAGCCGAUCCAGGAGCCGACUACCGCAUCGAUCGAGCACUGAACGAGGCGUGUGAGUCGGUCAUCCAGACUGCCUGCAAACACAUCCGCAAUGGAGACCCCAUGAUCCUAUCAUGUCUGAUGGAGCAUCUGUACACUGAGAAGAUGGUAGAGGACUGUGAACACAGACUGCUGGAGCUGCAGUACUUUAUUGCCAGAGACUGGAAGCUGGAUCCCGUCCUGUAUAAGAAAUGCCAGGGGGAUGCAGCUCGGCUCUGCCACACUCACGGCUGGAACGAGACCAGCGAGAUGAUGCCGCCGGGUGCCAUUUUCUCCUGCUUGUACCGUCACGCUUACCGCUCUGUGGAGCAGGGGCGCAGGCUGCCUGGUGGGCCAGCUGAAGCAGAAAACCAAGGUUUUACUCUCUCUCGGGACUGUAAGGUGGAGGUGCAGAGGAUUCUCCACCAGAGGGCACUGGACGUGAAGCUGGACCCGGAGCUGCAGAAACGCUGUUUGACCGACCUGGGGAAGUGGUGUAGCGAGAAGACUGAGGCAGGACAGGAGCUUGAGUGUCUGCAGGACCAUCUAGAGGACCUGGUGUCCAACUGCCGAGAUGUGGUGGGAAACCUGACAGAGCUGGAGUCAGAGGAUAUUCAGAUCGAGGCACUGCUUAUGAGAGCCUGUGAACCCGUCAUCCAGGCCCACUGCCACGAGGUAGCUGAUAAUCAGAUCGACACUGGUGAUCUGAUGGAGUGCUUGGUUCAGAACAAACACCAAAAGGAGAUGAAUGAGAAGUGUGCGGUGGGAGUGACACACUUCCAGCUGAUUCAGAUCAAGGAUUUCCGUUUCUCCUAUAAGUUCAAAACAGCCUGCAAGGAGGACGUCCUCAAACUGUGUCCCAACAUCAAGAAGAAGGUGGACGUAGUGAUCUGCCUCAGCACCACAGUGAGGAACGAUACGCUGCAGGAGGCCAAGGAGCAGCGGGUGUCUGUCAAAUGUCGUAAACAGCUCCGGGUGGAGGAGGUAGAGAUGUCGGAGGAUAUCCGUCUGGAGCCGGAGCUUUACGACUCCUGUAAGCAGGACAUCACCAGACUGUGUCAGAAUGUGGCUUACGGCAACGCACAGGUCAUUGAGUGUCUGAAAGAGAACAAGCGUCAGUUGACUUCUCGCUGCCACCAGCGGAUAUUCAAGCUGCAGGAGGUGGAGAUGGUCGAUCCUGAACUGGACUACCAGCUGAUGAGAGUCUGCAAACACAUGAUCAGGCGGUUCUGUACAGAGUCAGAGGGGAAGAACGUUCUUCAGUGUCUGAAACAGAACAAGAACGGUGAGCUCAUGGAUCCUAAAUGUAAACAGAUGAUCACGAAGAGACAGAUCACCCAGAACACAGACUACAGGCUGAACCCGGUGCUGAGGAAAGCCUGUAAAGCCGACAUCCCAAAGUUCUGUCAGCCCAUCCUCAACAAAGCAACCGCUGACAGCGAGCUGGAGGGUCAGGUCAUCUCCUGCCUCAAACUCAAAUAUGCCGACCAGCGUUUGUCUACAGACUGUGAGGAUCAGAUCAGGGUCAUCCUGCAGGAGUCAGCGCUGGACUACAGACUGGACCUUCAGCUGCAGAUCCAUUGCACACAGGAGAUCUCCAGUCUGUGUCCGGAGGAGGCAGCAGCUCAGGAGCAGACGGGACAGGUGGAGGAGUGUCUCAAGGUCAACCUACUAAAGAUCAAACAGGACCCAUGUAAGAAGGAGGUGUUGAACAUGCUGAAGGAAAGUAAAGCGGACAUCUUCGUCGACCCUGUCCUCCACACAGCCUGCGCUCUGGACAUCAAGCACCACUGUGCCGCCAUCCCACCUGGCAGGGGCCGCCAGAUGUCUUGUCUCAUGGAGUCGCUGCAGGACAAACGCAUUCGUCUGCAGCCAGAAUGCAAGAAGAGACUUCAGGAUCGCAUAGACAUGUGGAGCUACGCCGCCAAGGUGGCUCCCGCUGAGGGUUUCUCAGACCUGGCCAUGCAGGUGAUGACAUCACCGUCCAAGAACUACAUCCUGACUAUGAUUGGUGCAGGUGUUGCAGUGCUCUUCCUGAUGGGGCUGCUUUGCGGCCGUUUCACUAAGCGUGUCACUCAGGAGCUGAAGGACAGGUAGACCACGCCAACUCUGGGGUCUGGACACACCCACAGGAGAAACGACCACAGCUGAAAUAGGACCACCCCUCCCCCAUCAUUUAACCCCCCUGACAGCCACAGAUACUCCAUCUGCUUCUCCAUUUUGCACCCCUGUUUCAUUUUAAAUCACUUCCUGCUUCUUCUUGAGUGACAUCAUUCACAGUCUUGCAAGUGAAAGUGGGCGUGAUCAGUGACUUGCCUGCGCUACAUGUGACCCGCCCACUCCCCAGGAAGACCACAUCCAUAUGGAUUUUUGUUCAGAUUUUUUUUCAAUACAGAGUGCCGGGUCAUCCUGCUGUUUUACCUGCGCUCACCAGAUGUAGAUGCAGUAUUACUUGACUAUUUUUUUUUUCUUCCUCCCCCUGCCCCCAUUACCAUGGUGGGAGGGGUCGGGUUAGGAGGGGAGGGGUCGGAGGUAGUCUGGGGUUUAAGGAUACGGGGUCAAAGGUGAAACUUUAGGGGAGAGGGAUGUGGAUGAAAAUGUAAAUGUGUAGAAAGUGGGAUGGGAAAUGCUCAUGUAUAGAGACACAGUGUGUGUGUGUGUGUGUGUGUGUGUGUGUGUGUGUGUGUGUGUGUGUGUGUGUGUGUGUGUGUGUGUGUGUGUGUGUGUGUGUGUGUGUGUGUGUGUGUGUGUGUGUGUGUGUGAGAUGCGUAAUGCAAACUGUCUUUGAACCACCACAUUCUUUUAGUUUGUCCUCCUGCUUAAAGGUUUUUUGGAUUGUUUGGCUCUGGAUAUAUCAAUCCCAAUUUAAACAAAAUUUUUUUGAUGAUGUGUUAGAAUUUAUUGCCAUGGGACUGCCAGGCGGGUGGUGCCAACCAGCCAGCCCUCCACCGAGCCACAAAGAUGAGAAAAAGGGGGGCGGGGGAGCCAGCUCGCUCAAUGCAGCCCUAAAACAUUAAAGCCUAAUCUGUGCCGUAGCGCACCACAUCCACCUGCCGCUCCCAGUUUAGCUGAUAUCACAGUUUUAGCAACUGCUUGGGAAGUUCUGGCCUCGUUCCAUCACGCCACCGGAUCAAUAGUGAUCCCUGUCUGAACCUGAACUGGGUGGAGCAGACAUACUGGGAAAACUGGCUGUCUCGCCACCCUCUCCCCCACUCAUGACUCGCAGAGUGGCUGUCGGUGUCACGCUGGUUGGCACAGAGAAGCUGAGAGCAAUGCAGGAAAAAAAAAGAAAGAAAGAAAGAAAAAAAAUACUUUACAUUAUCAUAGAGAUGUGAACAUUUUGUGUAAAGAUGAUACUGGAAUCAUUGCACAUUCUUAGUUCUUUUUUUAUAUCUAUAAAUAUAUAUAUAUUGUUUUGUCAUAGCCUUAUUUAUUUGUUUACUAAUGGACAAACUUUUUUUUUAAUGAUUUGAAUGUUCUCUGGUUGCCUUUUCUCCAGCGAGCAAGUGUGGGAGGGAGGGGGGUGAAGGUUUCGGCGUCCUCAAGGUUUCAACUUACUCCAGCAGACUGAUAUUUUUUUUCCCACAGGGGGCAGCAAACGCCUCUUUGGUCAGCAGAGUGAGUUGUCACAGUGUCCAGAACACUCAGUGACUGUUGAUCAGUGAGGCUCCACAUAAUCUGAGCUUGUGACUGAAAAAGACAAAUCCGGUCGUUACAUGGAUGUCUUGAAUGUGAUGAUACUUUGGGAAUGACCACUGCUGCUUCACUAUUAAAACCAAUCAGUGAUGUGGACAUGAAGACCAAACAGGAAGUUUGAUUAAACUGUUACGUAUUGUUCGGUUCAUGUAAAAGAUGUUGAUUUAACUCUGUACAAAACAAAACAACUGGGCUGAUUCACAUAAUAUAAAAAAAAAUGCAAUGGUCAAGUUUGAGGCGUUAAAGCAAAGCAGGCAUCUGUGUGAUAUUUAGCAUUUUAAUUCUGAGUCAUUCAAUUCAUUGGCUGUUUGGCUGUGUAUUUGAUGCAUCAUUUGGAAAUUUGAAGGUUAAUGUUGGAGGAAGAAGGCAGACAAGGUUUCGCUGUCAGCGACUUUGCCGACUGUAAAACCACCAGAGGGGAAUGUGUCCUCUCCCAGCUCGAGCCUGUCAUGUGCACUCGUGCACUGUACUGCGUGACAAACUGGAAGCUACGCACCUUGCAGUUAGACUGAACUGUUUUCCUUUCUAGUUGUUGCAGCUUGGUGAGGUGAGCGCUGCCCUUCCUGCUUGAAAAUGAGACGCUCUGAUUCGUUCAACUGCCUUUGCGGUUUUUUUUUAUCCCCCAUUUGACAUCAGUUUUAUCAAAGCGUGCCUACUCGCCGUCCCGCUGAGGGAUCCCGCUGUACAGAACAUCCCAGAACCCCCUGAGGCACCCAGCAGAGACGCAUGUGGGCCUGUGAGUGUGUGUUGGUGUUUGAUGGAUGAUGUGUGUUUGUGUGUGUGAGUUGCCCACAGAUUUCGGACCGAAUGCUGCGUGAUCUCCAGUCGAUUCCUUGCGGUCUUAGUUGUCCCAGGUGAUGGCGACCAAAACGUUUGAUUUAAAGUUUGUGAUGAUAAAGAUGUUUUUGUAAACAAUAUUUUGUGUCUGAAUCCGUGGAGCUCCUCAGUCGUCAUCUGAUUUAUUUUCUCCCUGUACACUUUUUUUGUUCUGUACAGAUGAAAAUUGGAAAGUUUGUUAAUAAUAAUAAAGUCUGCAAGGUUUCUA